AUGGGUGCAAUUCCAGUAAAGCUGAUGUCGGACGGAUGGCACGCUAAUCGGAACGCAACCGGUGUGACGUCAUGGAUCGGCGGUAUGUCUAUAACUCAAGACGGCAACCUUAUCACACCGGAUAAAAUCAUGACACAUGUUCACCGGUACGCAAGUCCGCACUACCACCCUCAUGGACUCCAUGACCAUCGCUGGAAUCAUGAGCCCGGGGGGAGUGAAGACCCUCUCUAUGCUACCAAGACUGUCUACGGGCCCGGAUACAUUGAUGAAAACCAGCGGAUUGGCAAAGAGAACGGUAAAUCAGGUGAUGAGAAGGUGGCUCUUCAGUCUACAUGUCACGUUGCUUUGGACACCUGUAUCAAGGACACUGAAUGCGUGGCGUCUCUAACUCCGGUCCUUCAGAAGUGCCAUUCCACCGACUGCGACAGGGAAGGUUGCAUGGCUGCUCUACGAGGUUUCUACAGAAAACCGAACGUGAACUGGAAUACGGAAAUUGCUUUCUGCCUAUGCAAGAAAACUGACAACAGGGAAGACUCUUGUAUGAACGCGCAAGAACGCUUACAUCCUUCUUGCGCACAGCGACCUCCCCUCGGAUCACCGCUUCCUGCCUGCCAUACUCUGGCACAUGCCUGUAGAGAAGACCCAGAAUGCAGGAUUCGCCUUGAGAACUACGAGCAAUGGUGCGCGGUAGACGCUGUAACCCAGGGUUGUGCCGGCUCCCCGGCAGCUUGCCGCGCUGCGGUGGUAGCUGUUCUAGGAACUCAGCUGCGUGCUGCUUGCGCAUGUCGUGGGACUGAUUUCGCCCAACUCUAUGACUGUCUUGGCUGGCAGAGACUGCUUUGGCUGAACCCUUGCGUCGUGGAAUCACAGCACGACUACCACGUGAAGACGUACGGGUCCCUCCUCACAACCACGCCUUUCGACAACGGAGUCCGUUACAUCACCGUCCCACCGGAACCAGCAAUUCAUCACCGCACAACCACUCAUCACCAUCGGCAUACCACUCAACAUGGCGCUUCGCAAGUCGAACAGGAAAACCACGAAGUUCUAAGCCCCAUCACAACACUGUCGGAGCAAACCGUUGGACCGAAUGAAGUGGGGCAGAUAUCUGAACCUAUAGUGGAAACGACGCCAGAAACUACAACGGUUGCUACGACAACGACAACUGUGACUACAACGACGACCACUACGACUACAACCACCACCACUCCAAGACCCACUACGACUCUUGAACCAACAAAGUAUUGCAUUGUGAAGAAACCUGAGAGUGAUGAUGAAGCUCAGUAUAUCAAGAUGGGGGAGACUAGGAGACUAUACCGAUCAGCGGAGCUCGCGGAAUGCACAGACCUGUGUGUGUGCGAAACAUCCCUUCAAGUAUCGUGCAAAGUCGCGUGUGUACCUCGCGCCCCGUGCUCUUCGCGUUUGGCGCAUUACUCCCAUGCUGCACCAGCAUACCAAGCUUACAGAGGGAGAUGCUAUUGUUAUUCGGGGUCUUUUAUCUGCAUGAGGCCUAAUCCGGGCGAGUACAAGCUGCCCGAGGGUGUGUACCUGCUGCUGGGAUUCAGUGCGGUGGACGAGGCGCUGCUGCGGCCGCACACGGGGCUGGGCGCCGAGGAUGCCGUGCGCCUGCUGCAGCACUACCUGCGGCACCUGCGUCCUGAAGACACAAACUGCACGCUGACUUUGUUCAACAUUAGCAACGAAAACGUCAUUAUCUCUGCCAGUAUUCCACCACGACAACAAGAGAUUCUCAAGGAAUCUGGUGAAGAGCUGCUGGAUAAGGAGAAAGAAGCGUGCAUUGACGUGUUGAAAAUCGUUAAGUCCCGCAUCAACUCUCAACACGAAGACAUCUCCUCUCACCUUCUGCUUUCUAUCUUCAAGAUCGCCGAAGUUGACGUGGUAUAUCCAACACCGCCUAGUUCCGCUGAUAUCGCUCACCGACCUAAUAGAAAUAUCUAUAUUUUCAUAGUCCUUGUCGUUCUUAUUCAUAAUAUCAAACAAUGCAUCUCAUUCUUUCUUACUAUCACUUUCCUCAAUGAUAUAGUCAAUUAUUUUACAACUUUACUUAAUAAGUCAUUCACUGAUGAUUCAAAUCAUUCAGCAAUCGUCGUUCCUUUUCCCAAAAAGAGUUAUAUUUUCGAAUUCGAAAAUGAAAUCGACUUCGUAUCUGUUUUGGGACACCUCGAAGAAUUUAUCGACACUAAACCAGUAGUUAAUGUAAAUUAUGAUAAAAUGCACAAUGCACUCGCUUUAGAUGACGCACGUAUAAGUGAAAUCACUAAGAAAAAUAUAGUUGAUGUAAAAAAUAUAUUUGUAAAUAAUUAUAAUGAAACGAAACAUAUCAUGAAAGCUGUGAGUAUUACAAUAUGUAGUAAUUUUAAUAUACUUGUUGCCGAUGCAAUUAUACUGAAAUAUUUUUCUAGAAAUGUGUAUUAUGAAAUUGAAUGUACUAUUAAUGAUUCUAAGAUGCUUUUUGGGGAAUUUCAUAUUGGAAACAUCACGUCCUCGUCUUAUGGAGUUGUAAAAUUCGAUAGUUUAGGACUGACUCUAUUAGUAGUAUGA